AUUUCAGACUUGGUUUUAAAAACAUCGUUAUAUCGAUGGAUAUUGACAAAUACUUUUAUGGCUGGGACCUGUUGCACAAAACAAUUCACAAAGAUGUGAACAAAAAGUCCGACUUGCUCAUGGCACUCGCUCACUUUUUGCUAACCAAGACCUACAGGCUACGUUGCAUUGGUGUUGGGGAUGAGAGGGCCUUUCUGGAGGAUGAAGAGGGCUCCGAACUUCUCCCUGAGUAUUGGAAUAGUGAUAGCACAAAAUAUGCGCUGCGAUAUGUGGGUACCAAGGAUCUAUAUUUGCUGCUGGGCCAUAAAGCUGAUGACUCUCUGGUGAUCAAUCUAUUGAACAACCAUACGAAAAGUGUUUCGAACAUUUGCAUGGAACCGGAACUAUUGGUGCAGGAACUAAACGGCGAUAUCAAGACGAUUAUGCCAACAGUGCCAGAAAUUGUUCAUCGUUAUUGCAAAGAGCUCUUCGACCCAGUUGUAACAGGAAAGUUAUGCGAAGUCAGCACACAAACAAAUCAAACUAGACGUCUCAGGGAAUUUAAGCCAAAAAGUGUUAAGCCAUCGCCAUGGUUUUAGUUCUCCAACUAACUUGUGAACAGCCAGAAACAAAAGACAGAAAAAAAACUAAGUCCUGAAAUGUGGGUUUCGACUAAAAUUCAAUUCAGCUCAAAUACAAAUUUAAAAGUAUAAGGCAAACAAAUUAAAGUAAAAUUUUUAUUUGCAAAAAUA